ACAACUAAAGGGGAGGGGAAGCGGACCUAGCUCAAGUUCCCAGGGGAGCAAGCGGCGGCGCACGGCAGGAGGAAGGACGCCCCAGAGCUGGUGUAGGAGCCUUGGGCCCGGUAGGAAAGAGAAAACCCUUGUGACACUACCAGGGAUGUCUUCCUUAAGUGGGAAUGUACAAACCGUUUUGGGCCUUGUAGAACCAAGCCACCUGGGACGCACCUUGACCCACGAGCAUUUAACAAUGACCUUUGACGAUUUUUACUACCCACCUCCUCCGUGCCAUGAAGCCACCUCCAAGGAACCUAUCAUGCUGAAGAAUUUAUUCUGGAUUCAGAAAAAUCCUUAUUCCCAUCGAGAGAACCUUCGGUUGAAUCAGGAGACGGAAGCCAUAAAGGAAGAACUGUUGUAUUUCAAGGCUAAGGGUGGAGGAGCCUUGGUGGAGAACACGACCACUGGGCUCAGCAGGGAUGUGCAAACACUGAAGUGGCUAGCAGAGCAGACUGGAGUCCACAUCAUAGCUGGAGCUGGGUUUUAUGUUGACGCAACUCAUUCAGCAGCAACCAGGGCCAUGUCAGUGGAGCAGCUUACAGAUAUCCUUAUUAAUGAAAUUCUCCAUGGAGCUGAUGGAACCAGUAUCAAGUGCGGAGUUAUUGGAGAAAUCGGCUGCUCCUGGCCUUUGACUGACAGCGAGAGAAAGGUGCUUCAGGCCACUGCUCAUGCCCAGGCUCAGCUUGGCUGUCCUGUCAUCGUCCAUCCUGGAAGGAGCCCAGACGCACCAUUUCAGAUCAUCCGCAUAUUGCAGGAAGCAGGUGCAGACAUCUCUAAAACAGUUAUGUCCCACCUCGACAGGUCUAUAUUUAAUAAGAAGGAGCUGCUUGAGUUUGCUCAACUUGGCUGCUACUUGGAAUAUGAUCUCUUUGGUACGGAGCUCCUUAAUUACCAGCUCAGCCCAGCUAUCGAUAUGCCUGAUGAUAACAAAAGAAUUAGAAGGGUCCGCUUCCUGGUGGAUGAGGGCUAUGAGAAUCGGAUUCUCAUGGCACAUGACAUACACACGAAGCACCGAUUGAUGAAGUAUGGAGGUCACGGCUACUCGCAUAUUCUCACCAACAUUGUUCCUAAGAUGCUUCUUAGAGGAAUAGCCGAGAGAGCAGUUGAUAAGAUCCUCAUAGAAAACCCUAGACAAUGGCUAACAUUUAAGUAGGAUGGCUGUUGAUGAACACAGACCUCGAGGAUAAAAUUUGUAGAGAAUAUUCAGUGACUUCAAAUCUAUCUGAGACUUUAAUCCAAGCUACACAGGGCCAAUGACUGAUCACUUUCCUCCUAUGAGAAACUAUCACAGGGAAAUCUCUGAUUGGGGGCUACUGGGCUCAAGUAAGUCCUAUUGUUUUACCUUAAAAAAAAAAAAAAAAAAAAAAAAAAAAGAGCAUGUCCCCAAACAGUAAUUUAAAGCUCUAUCUCCCAAGAGUUUUUUCCCUUGACUCUACCAUCUACACUACUUGAGAAAAAUGAAAGUGUCUCUAGUUAAGUUGCCCCCUUCUGGAGCAAUCUAAUGUUUCUUGUAAUAUUGAUGAUCCUGCUAAUUAUCCUGCUGUUCUUUAAUUAAUGCUUAAUGAAUAAUAUGGCAUUUUAAAAUCACUUUUGCAACAAGGGAAGUUAAAUUUUGAGACUUUUUUUUCCCCAAAGGAGACUGCAAUAAAAUUACCAAUUCACAAUAAUAAAAAUAUUUUGGAAGGUGAACUGUGUUUUUUAUCUAUAUCUGUAAACUUAUAAUAAAUCAGUUUUGCUGA